UACUAACUCUAUAUUACUAUUUCAUCAUUUCCUAUAUUUCCUCAUCACAAUCUUAGCUUAUUCCUGAGAAAAACAAAAAUAAUCAUAGCUGCAACCUUCUAUCUUUAUCGAGUUAGCUAAACUAAAAAUAUUUACAAUGCAAGAAGCACUUCCAUACAAGUCAUGGCAGCAUUUUCCAACAGAUUUCAGAACUCUAAACAAAUCUUCCUCUUUAUUAAAUCAAGAAUCAAAAGGGGAUGUCAAGAACAUGAUUAAAGAGAACGCCGUUAUAGUUUUCGGUCGGCGCGGCUGUUGUAUGAGCCAUGUUAUACAACGUCUGCUUCAUUUUCUUGGAGUAAACCCUGUUAUUUAUGAUAUUGAAGAAAAAUAUGAGAAUGAGGUGGUGGUGGAGCUGGAGGAUAUCGGCGGCGUUGAUCGGAAAGAUGGUGGUUUGCAGUUGCCGGCGGUGUUUAUCGGAGGAGAGUUGUUUGGAGGAUUAGAUCGGAUUAUGGCUGCUCAUAUUAGUGGUGAAUUAACUCCUGUAUUGAAACAAGCUGGGGCAUUGUGGCUUUGAUUUUUCUUUCAUCCUGUUUUUGUUAAUUCCUAAAAUUUCGACUAAUUCUUACAUGGAAUAUCUCUCUGUUUUUGCUUUUUUUGAAAGUAAGUCUUAAAUUUGAUUUAAGUUGUGUACACAAUUAAAGAAUUUUUACACUUGUAAUUUAA